AUGUUGAAUAAAGAUAUGUCUUUUGAAUAUAAUGAAGAGAAUUUUGAAGAAGAUGUUGAAGAUUUUGAAAAAUAUUCAAAAAAGAGUUUUGAAAAAAAUUUUAAAGAACAAUUUAACGAAAAAUAUUAUAAAGAUUAUGAAAAUUCUGAGAUGUAUUCUGAGGAGGAUUUUGAAAAGUAUUAUAAAAGCAAUUUUAUAACCAACUUGGAAGAUAAUUAUUAA